ACCCCACCUCAGGUGAAGGGGGAAAAGCAUGGCGUGGGGGCAAAGGCCAACCAUGAAGUAUAAACAAAGAAAAGAUGCGGGAGGCGGCAGAGGCAGAGGAGGCGCGUCGCUUGCGAUCCGGUGCGUGGACAUGAAGUUGUUCGUGGCCUCGCUCGCCUUCCUCACGCUGUUCGUGGCAUUCUGGCAGCUCCAGCCCUACGGCUUCUUGCUCACGGCGGUCCGCUCCUCCUCCCCCUGCUCCCUCCUCGCCACAACCGCCGCCAACCUCCCGUCUUCUAACGCCACCGCUGAAAUAGCCACAAACACGAACCAGCUGGCCACGACUGCUACCACCACUACCGCUGCUGUCCCCGUGCGGUUGGCAAGGGCAGCGCGGCCGACGCGUCCGGAGGACCCGAACAAGUGGGUGCUCCGGCCGUACGGCAGCGCGGCAGCGCUGUUCGUACAGAUGGGGGCGUACCGGGGCGGGCCGCGGACGUUCGCCAUCGUGGGGCUGGCGUCCAAGCCCACCCACGUGUUCGGCACCCCCUACUUCAAGUGCGAGUGGCUGCCCAACCCCACCGCCGGCGACCCCUCGCCUCGCCCCGUCAGGACCAAGGCAUACAAGAUGCUCCCCGACUGGGGCUACGGCCGCGUCUACACCACCGUCGUCGUCAACUGCACGUUCCCCUCCGAACCCAACGCCAGCAACGCCGGCGGCAAGCUGCUCGUCCACGCCUACUACUCCACCAACUCCCGCCGGCACGAGCGCUUCGUGGCGCUCGAGGAGGCGCCGGGGUCCUACGACGAGUCCCGCUUCAGCCCGCCGUUCCAAUACGACUACCUCUACUGCGGCUCGUCGCUGUACGGCAACCUCAGCGCCAGCCGAAUGCGCGAGUGGAUGGCCUACCACGCGCGCUUCUUCGGGCCCAGGUCGCACUUCGUGCUCCACGACGCCGGCGGCGUCAGCCCGGAGGUGAGGGCGGUGCUGGAUCCAUGGGUCAGGGCCGGCCGGGUCACCGUGCAGGACAUCCAGGCGCAGGCGGAGUACGACGGAUUCUACUACAAUCAGUUCUUGGCGGUGAACGACUGCUUGCACCGGCACCGGCACGCCGCCAAUUGGACCUUCUUCUUCGACGUCGACGAGUACAUUUACCUACCGUAUGGGCAGAAGCUCGAUGAGGUACUCGGCAAGCUCUCGGGUUACACGCAGUUCACCAUCAAGCAGAAUCCCAUGUCCAGCAAGCUCUGCGUGCAGGAUCCAAGCAGGAAUUACUCAAGAGAAUGGGGAUUUGAGAAACUCGUCUUCCGUAACACGAUCAUCAAAGUCAGGCGGGAUCGCAAAUACGCGAUCCAGGCCCAAAACGCAUACUCAGCUGGCGUGCACUUUUCGCAGAAUAUCUCCGGGAUGACAGCCCACGAGACAGAGGGCCUGAUCAGAUACUAUCACUAUCACAACUCCAUCAAUAUCAUUGGAGAGCCUUGCCGAGAAUUUGUGCCGAUGACGGUAAAUGGCAGCAGAAUUAUGUUCGAGGGAAUCCCCUACGUGUAUGACGAUAACAUGCAGCGAUUGGCGGGUGAGAUCAAGCGCUUUGAGAAAGAGACCGUGGGAUCAGUUCAAACAUAG